GGAAGUGGCGGAGGGGAAGCGGCGCCGCUGAGGGGCCCGAGCGGGACCGGGGUCGGGACCGGCAUCGGAACCGGGAUCGGGAACCGGCAUCGGGAAUUGGGAUCGGGAGCGGGACCCGGCCGCGGGGAGCGCCCCCCGCGCUGCUCCAGCCAUGGGGGACAUGAAAACCCCGGACUUCGACGACCUCUUGGCCGCCUUCGACAUCCCCGACAUCGACGCCAACGAGGCCAUCCACUCGCACCACGAGGAGCCCGAGCCGCACGGCAAGGCGCUGCCGGGGGAGCCGGGCGCGGCGGCGGCGGCCGAGCACGCCCUGCCGCACGCCGACAUCUCGGCCGUCAGCGUCAUCGUCAAGAACACCGUGUGCCCCGAGCAGCCCGACGGCAAGGACGGGCACGGGCUGGCGCCGCGCCUGCUGCAGAACGGCUUCGCCGCCCCCGAGGCGCCGCGCUCGCCCGGCGCCCGCGGCGCCGAGGCCGCGGCCAACGGCGACUGCUGGGCCAAGGAGAAGAGCGCCAAGGCCCUGGAGCUGUUCGCCCACUUCAGCCCCGAGCCCGGCGAGGACGGCGCCAACCUCAUCGACAGAGCGCGGGAGUGCAAAGCCAAGGAGAAGCCCCUGGCCGUGCCCGCGCUGGCCGCGUCCCCCAGCCCGUCCCUGGAGUGCAAGGAGCCGCUGGCCGGGGCCGCCGAGGGCCUGGACGCCGCGUUCCCCGCGCCCUUCCGGGCCGCGGCGCCCGGCGACGCCUCCCACCCCGUCGCCUGCAUCAAGAAGGAGGAGUCGGACCCGGAGGAGGCUGCGGCGCGGGGCUGCAGCCCCAAGGGGCUGGUGCUGGACCACCUCAAGUCCGUCACCGUGCGCUACUCGGCCGGCGACUCUGCCGCGGCGGCGUGGCCGGCAGCGGAGCCGGCGGCGCUGGACGGCGGCACCGGCGCCGCGGCCGAGCUCAAACGCUCGCCCGGCAGCCCUCGGGAGCCCUUCUCCUCCCCGGGAAUUGCCAUCCCGCCCUCCCCCAAGCAGCUCUCCUUGAAGGAGGAGCGGGAAAUGCUGGGGAGAUCCGUGGGGAGCCCUCCGAGCGUUUCCAGCGGCGAGGAGGAGGAGGAGGAGGGAAGCACCAACUCGCCGUCCUCCAGCUCCUCGCGGCCGCUCAAGGUGCGCAUCAAAACCAUCAAAACCUCCUGUGGCAGCAUCACCAGGACGGUCACCAGGGUGUCCUCGGACUCGGAGCCGCCCUCCACCAAAAUCCCCAGCGAGCAGAAUUCCCAGGAGCCCUUGGAAUGUCCCGCCGGCAUCGCCACGGAGGCGGCGGCCAAGGAGAAGUCGGAGCUCUCCAGCCCCCUGAAAAACACGGAGGGGCCGAAAAUCGUCAGCGUCCAGCUGGGCAACGGCACCAAGCUGAAGGGCACGGUGCUGCCCGUGGCCACCAUCCAGAGCGCCAGCAGCGCCAUGCUCAUCGCCGCCAGCGUGGCCCAGCAGAAAUCCGUGGUCCUGCCGGGAAAAUCCGGGAAAUCCGUGGCCAAGAACAUCCUGAACCUGGUGCCGCAGCCGCUGCCCAAGGGCGACGGCAGGAGCGGCGGCGGCGCCAAGGCCAACGGCGGCGCGGCGCUGCCCAAGGCGGCGCCCAGCGUGGCCGGCACCGUCAUCUCCCGCAGCCAGUCCAGCCUGGUGGAGGCCUUCAACAAGAUCCUCAACAGCAAGAACCUGCUGCCCACCUACAAGCCCAACCUGAGCCCCCCGGCCGAGUCCAGCCUGGCGCUGCCGCCCUCGGGCUACCGCUGCCUGGAGUGCGGCGACGCCUUCGCGCUGGAGAAGAGCCUGGCGCGGCACUACGACCGGCGCAGCAUGCGCAUCGAGGUCACCUGCAACCACUGCACCAAGCGCCUGGUGUUCUUCAACAAGUGCAGCCUGCUGCUGCACGCCCGCGAGCACAAGGACAAGGGGCUGGUGAUGCAGUGCUCGCACCUGGUGAUGCGGCCCAUCGCGCUGGAGCAGAUGAUCGGCCAGCCCGACAUCACCCCGCUGGUGUCGCUGGCCCUGCCCGCCGGGAAGGUGGCCCAGGAGGGCGGGGCCGCGGCGCAGGAGCUGCCCGUGCUGCCCCUGGGCUCGGAGCAGAGCAGCUACAGCUGCUUCAGGUGCCUGGAGUGCAAGGAGCAGUGCAAGGACAAGGCCGGGCUGGCGGCGCACUUCCAGCAGGCCGGGGUGGCCACCAGCAGCAGCAGCACGGUGUGCUCGGCGUGCCCCAUGAUCCUGGCCAACCGCUGCAGCUUCAGCGCGCACCAGCGCAUGCACCGCAGCCGCCCGCCCCACGUCUGCCCCGAGUGCGGCGGCAACUUCCUGCUGGCCAACUUCGAGUCCCACCUCAAGGACUCCUGCCUGCACUUCUCCCGCAGGGUGGGCUACAGGUGUCCCAGCUGCUCCGUGGUGUUCGGCGGCGUCAAUUCCAUCAAGUCCCACAUCCAGAGCUCCCACUGCGAGGUUUUCCACAAGUGUCCCAUCUGCCCCAUGGCCUUCAAGUCCGCGCCCAGCGCCCACGCCCACGUGUACACGCAGCACCCCGGCUUCAGCAACCAGCAGUCCAAGAUGAUUUACAAGUGUGCCAUGUGUGACACGGUGUUCACGCACAAGCCGCUGCUGUCGUCGCACUUCGACCAGCACCUGCUGCCGCAGCGCGUCAGCGUCUUCCGCUGCCCGCAGUGCCCGCUGCUCUUCGCCCAGAAACGCACCAUGCUCGAGCACCUCAAGAACACCCACCAGCCCCAGAGGUGCAAGGACGACUCCUCCCGGAGCUCGGCGGCUCCGCUGGCGCCCAAGGCGGAGCCGCUGGAGGCGCCGGCGCCGCGCAACUCCUCGGAGUCCUCGAGCUCGUCGGAGGAGGACGAGGCGCCGAGCUCGCCCGAGCUGCGGCGCGCCCGGCGCGGCCGCUUCGCCCGCAAGGGCGGCAGCAAGGCCAAGGGCGGCGGCUGGAGCUGCGGCGCCUGCCGCUCCUGGUUCCCCGAGCGCGACGAGUACGUGGCGCACAUGAAGAGGGAGCACGGCAAGUCCGUGAAGAAGUUCCCGUGCCACCUGUGCGAGCGCUCCUUCUGCUCGGCGCCGAGCCUGCGCCGCCACGUCCGCGUCAACCACGAGGGCAUCAAACGCGUCUACCCCUGCCGGUACUGCACGGAGGGGAAGAGGACGUUCAGCAGCCGGCUGAUCCUGGAGAAGCACAUCCAGGUGCGGCACGGCAUCAAGGUGACGGACCCCGCCCGCAGCCAGGAGGUCGUCAUCGCCCGCGGCCCCUCGGGCCCCGCCCAGGCGCCGGGCCGCAAGCGGAAGCUCUCCUCGGACGAGUCGUGCAGCGAGGAGCCCGACAGCACCACGCCCCCGGCGCAGACCCCCCGGCCCUGCGGGGCCAAGGCCCCGUUCCGCUGCAGGAAGUGCGGGUUCGUGGCCGGGAGCCGCGCCGAGUUCCAGGCGCACAUCCCGCAGCACCGCACGGACGGGAACUGCCAGCAGUGCCGCGAGUGCGGCCUCUGCUUCACCUCGCAGAGCUCCCUCAGCCGCCACCGCUUCAUCUCCCACAAGAAGAAGAAGGGGGCCGAGCCCGAGGACGCCUCGGGAGGCGCUUCCCAAGGGAGCGGCGAGGCCGGCGCCGGGAAUUCCGGCGGCGCCGAGGGGCGGCUGGAGUGCAAAGUGUGCGGGAGGGGAUUCGAGAGCCAGCUCAACCUCAAGACGCAUUUCCGGACCCACGGAAUGGCCUUCAUCCGAGCCCGGCAGGGGGCCGAAGAGAACUGAGCAUUCCCGGGAUUCUGGAAUUCCUGGAAUCCUGGGAUUGAGUUCAUCCGAGCCCGGCAGGGAGCCGAGGAGAACUGAGCAUUCCCGGGAUUCUGGAAUCCUGGGAUUGAGUUCUUCCAAGCCCGAGGAGAACUGAGCAUUCCCGGGAUUCCGUGGGAUCGGCUCCGAGCCUGGAAUCUCGGCAUUCCCAAAUUCUGGGAUCAGCCCCCAGGACAACUGAAUAUUCCCGGGAAUCUCAGAAUUCCCGGAAUUCUGGGAUCAGCUCCAAGGCCGGGAAUUGGCGCCGUGUACAUAAAACUCCCCCAGAGCCCUUCCCGCUGUCCGAGGGAAAGUUGGGAAUGGGAUUGGGAUUGGGAUGAUCCCAAAUCCCGCCAGGAAUCCCCUGGGAAUGUUGGAUUGGGGGUUUCCAGGACCCCUCCAGGCCCUUCCCAGGAAUUCCCGGAUCCGGAUGGGGCGGGGGAAGCUUUUCCAGCAAAAUCCACCUUUUUUGUUGUUUUUGGGUUUUGUUUGGUUUUCCUGGAUUUGUUUUCCCGUUUGGGAACGCUCCUGGUGUGUUUUGUUGGGAAAGAGGCGAUUCCAGAGUCCUGGAAUUCCGCAGGUCCCCAGGAAGGACACUGGGACACUCACCGGGCAUUCCCGAGGGAGCAGGAGGAGGAAAAAAGCUGGGAAAAAGGAGAGAAAAGAAGGAAAAGGAUCCCAAAAAACCGCCAGGACUGGGAAGGGAUCCCUCAAAUCCCAGCCAGGAGCCUUUUCCUGAAGGAAAAGUGGGAAAACUGCUCCCAAAUUCCAGGCUGAGGCUUGGUGGCUUUUCCAAUUUUUUUCCAGCUCCUCCUUCCCCUCGGGAUCCAGGACCUUUUCCCACUUCCAAUCCCCCAAAAAAUCCUCUGGAAAAGCCCCUCCGGACUCCACCGCUGUUCCCAGAAUACCUGGAAGAAUUCCCGGGAUUCCCUCUGGAUACCCCUCCCCUCCCCUCCCCUGUAAAGUUGUAUCAUACACUAAAACCCAGGAUCCCAACAACUGCUGUGCUCCCUCUGGGAUUUGGGUUGGUUUUCCAAGGUUUUUUCCCUUUUUUUGUGUUUUUCGGGAUGGCAGAAGCUGCUUUGGGGGUUGAUUUUAUUUUUUCUUUGGUUUUUUUUGGAUUUUUAUUCCCAGUUUUUCUGACUUUUUCCAGCAGGAAUUGGGGAGUUUUCCCUCCCCUUUUCCCUGCAGGUGGAUGGAUGGAAAAAGAGUGGAAAAAAACUGGGAAAAAUCAGGUGGAAUCGGCCAUUCCCAGAAAUCCCCCGGGCCAGGUGUAAAUACAGAGAAGAAAUUAAAGUUUCUACGAGAUUUAGAAGGAAAAAAUUCCAAAAAAACUAUGGAAAAAUGGCUUUGGACCCACGGUUUUCCAGCAUUUCAGUGCCUUGAGCUGGAUUGGGGUGGAGGGAGGGAGGGAGGGGCUGGAAUUCUGGGACUGUUCCCCAGGAGUUUUGGGGUUGGACCCUGGAAUUUCGGGGCUGUUCCCCGGGGGUUUGGGGAUUUUGGGAAUGUGCUGACGGAAAGCCGCGGGCUCGAGAGGCUCUCAGGAAUUCUUUAUUCUGUAGGAAUCGAUUCCAUUAAACUCCAGUGGUUUCACCCUCUG